CCCUUUGAUUCCACCCGCCCUAGUCUCCGGAUCUUCGCCUCGUUUUUCCCAAUUCCAAAAAUCGCGAUUCACUAGGCUACCCUCCGGUACCCCGAUAAACAAACCCCCACCAUGGGCGCCCGCAAUCUCGUUCCCCUCAUCCUGCUCCUCGUCUUUGUUGGCAUCCUUGCCGCAGUCGGAUUUGUCGUCUACAGCAUCGUGCAGGAUGUAGGCAAAAACACGCGCGAAAAGAUGGAGCGCAAGAACAUUGCUUUCUCCAAGGACGGCAUGAAAGUGCAAGUAAGGGAGGUCAAAGAUGAGGCCUACAAGGACCAGACCCAGAGUGUCCUCUUCAACAUGUGGAACCACACUUCCUUCCCCGCUUACAAGAGCCGGCUGUGGGAUAUGGCUGGCUCGUCUUCGUCGGAGCAGCAGAAGGGUGCCGAGAAACGCAAGUAGUUUCGCAAUGAACACUUCUUCACUCGCUCAUUUACACUGGACAUAUUUUCUGCUUCUAGCCCCAUUUCAUCUACAAGUUUCAUCGGAUGCUCUAGUCCCUGGCAAAGGGCUGGUCCCCGAAAAUAGCGUGCACUCCUGCUUCGAGAGAUGAACUUCUUUGACAUUUCCACCUUCUUGUUGAUACCUAUUUCUGAUUUAUGGUCUCGGUCAAGGCUUCAUGAGUGAUGGUCAGCCCUGAUAUAUGAUCUCACUUUCCAUUUCAAACCUCCGAUCACUAUGCGUCGUACAUUCCAGAUUCUGUUUCGUAAAUCAAUAAGCGUUCUAAACUCGAGUCGACUAUACUUUGAGAUCGCGUCUGGUUUAAGUUGUUCAGUGUACUACAUACUGACAAAUCAAG